AUGUCUUCGUCGACAGAGAACGACUCCAUCGGGGUCCCGAUGUCCAAGAUGACCACCGACCCCGAAAAGCCCCCCUCGCGCGGCGUCAAGUUCCCGAGUCUCGAGAUCGACAGCCGCGACUACGCCGACUUCACCUCCCAGACCUCGCCCACGAACACCCGCGUGCGCAUCUCGGUGCCCAACGAAAACGUCGGCGUGCCCUUGAGCCGCGCCUCCACCGACCAGGGCAUCUCCCCCCUGCGCCGUCGCGCCGGCACCUUCAAGCCCGUCGAGGACUUUGACGACUUCGACCUCUCGCGCCCGGGAUGGCAGCCCGGCUCCGAGCCCGGCUUCGACCCCAACAAGUCCGACGGCGGCCACGCCUCCAUGCCCGCCCUCCAGGCCGACUGCGACAUCUCCGUCAUCGACUUCAGCCAGGGUCAGAUGGUCAAGCACAAGUUCGGCAACGAGGGCUUCAUCGACUUCGUCAAGAGGCCGCAGGAGCCCUGGGUCAAGUGCCGCUGGAUCAACAUCAACGGCCUCAGCUGGGAUGUCAUCUCGGCUUGCGGCCAGUACAAGGGCCUGCACAAGCUCGCCAUCGAGGAUAUCAUGAACACGAGGAACAGGACCAAGGCGGAUUGGUACUCGAACCACGCCUUCAUCGUCCUGACGCUGCAGAAGCUGGUGCUGCUGAUCAACGACGACAGCAGCAGCAGCAGCAGUAGCGACGACGACUCGGACGACGGCGCAAGCGUCCGGACGAACAAGUCCGGCAAGGGCAUGAAGAAGCUGAAGCGCACCUUCACCAUGGGCGGUAAGAAGCGCCCGGAUCCGGAGGUGGGCAAGGUCCCCGGGGUCGGCGUGGCCAACGGCAACGGCACCGCCAACGGCGUUCCCUACGGCCACACCCUGAACCACCACACGAGCAACCUCUCCCACCUGCCCGAGACCGCCUUCGUCCGCACCCUCCAGCGCUACCACGCCUCGGCCAACGAGACGCGCACCGAGUACAUGGAGCGCCACUCGUCGCUCAUCUCGCGCGGCCUCGCCGUCUCCGCCGAGCAGGUCGCCAUCUUCCUCACCUCGGACAACACCGUCAUCUCCUUCUUCGAGAUGUCCGCCGACGACAUCGAGCGCCCCAUCACCGUCCGCCUCGGCGACCCGGCCACCAUCCUCCGCCAGUCCUGCGACGCCUCCCUCGUCGUCCAGGCCGUCAUCGACGCCAUCAUCGACCUCGCCAUCCCCCUCACCGCCGUCUACAGCGACGUCAUCGGCGACCUCGAGCUCGACGUCCUCACCUCCCCCAACAUGAAGCAGACCCGCAGCCUCUACAUCUGCGUCUCCGAGAUCAACAAGAUGCUCACCUUCCUCAACCCCAUCGACAACCUCGUGAAUGUCCUCCGCGACCACCGCACCGAGCUGAGCCAGGAGGCCGCCGCGCGCGAGCUGCAGAACCCGGCCAGCGGCGUCAUCGUCACCCCGAUGACGCACACCUACCUCGGCGACGUGCUCGACCACUGCGUCAUCACCACUGAGGCCAUGCAGCAGAUCAAGCGCUCCGCCGACAACCUCAUCGACCUCAUCUUCAACACCAUCUCGGCCAACCAGAACGAGAGCAUGAAGCAGCUCACCAUCAUCACCAUCAUCUUCCUGCCCCUGACCUUCUUGACCGGGUACUUUGGGCAGAAUUUCGAAAAUUUCGAAGACAUCAAGAAGCCUCAGGGCAUCGGGUUCUUCUGGCAAAUCGCCGUCCCGGUCGUCUUCUGCACCAUCAUCGUCAUGAUGCGGACGUGGAUCGUCUCCUGGGUCGAGAACUUCUUCCAGAGGAGGAGGAUCAGCGCCGACAGGAAGAAGCGGAAGAGGAGGAGGGAGAAGAGGAGGGAUCGCCGUAGGACAAAGGCGGAAUGA